AUGUCACCAUUUAAUGGUGAGGUUAAACCACCACCACCAAAUAAUGUUGAACCGACAUUGACUUUACUCACGAAGGAAUUAUUUGAUAAAAUAUAUGGUGUUUCAAGAGAAAAUAUGGGUGAAGCUUCUACAAUGACUGAAAGAAAAGCUCAAAUUAUAAAUCAAUUUAUUGAUACUUUCAAAACACAUAUUGGUUUAGAUAUAUUUCCAAGUUCAAAAUUGAUCUUCCCUGAAAAAGCAGGUCGAUUAUAUUACAUGCAAGAGAAAACAUUAGCACAAAUAAUUAUCAAAAUGUAUCAUAUACCUAAAAAUUCAGAAGAUUGGAAUACACUUAAUUUUUGGAAUAGAAAAUAUCAAGCUUCAAAAAGAUUUUCACUGGAUGAAAAAAAGCUUAGAGAUAUAGCAAUUCAAGCUUCAAAAAUUAUUGCACAUAGAAGAGAUGUAUCUGAAUUUGAAGAGUAUACAGUUGCGGAUAUUAAUAAAGCAUUAGAUGAAUUAGCAUCAAGUGAUAGUAAAAAUGGGAAAGAAAAAGUUCAAAUAUUGAAACCACUUUUUGAUCAUUUAAGAUUAGAAGAAUUAAGAUGGUUCAUACAUUUUAUUUUAAAAAAACCAAUAUUACAAAAUAUUGAAAAAUUAUUUUUUAAUAGUUGGCAUCCAGAUGCUUAUAGAAUGUUUAGUCUUUGUAAUAAUUUGGAAUUAACUUUUAAUAGUUUAUAUGAUCCAGAAAAAAGAUUAACUAGACAAGAUUUAAGUAUUCGUCCAAGAUUUAAAUUUAAACCUCAAUUAGCAACAAAAUUAACUAAAAAUUAUGAUGUUGUAGUUAAAAGAUUACAUAAAACCAUUCCUAUGGAUGAGACUUAUGAAACAAAAUUAAAAGAAUGGCAUUUAGAAGAUAAAUUUUAUAUUGAAGAAAAAAUGGAUGGUGAUAGAAUGUUAUUACAUAAAGAAGGAAAACAUUUUAAAUUUUUUACAAGAAGAUUAAAAGAUUAUACAUAUCUUUAUGGUGAAAAACUUCAUGUUGGAUCAUUAACAAAAUAUCUUGCAAAUGCAUUUGCUAAAAAUGUAGAAUCAGUUAUUCUUGAUGGAGAAAUGGUUGCAUGGGAUUAUGAAAGAGAAGCAAUUUUACCAUUUGGAACUCUUAAAUCGCUGGCGAUUCAAGAAGAUGUCCGUCAAUUCAAUACAGUUGAUCUGUAUGAACAAUUAAAAAGUUAUCCUUAUUAUUUGGUAUUUGAUAUUUUAUAUUUAAAUGGGAAAGAUUUAAGUAAUUAUCCAUUAUUUUUUAGAAAACAUAUAUUAAAAAAAAUUAUUAAUCCAGUUCCUCAUAGAUUUGAAAUUCAUGAAGCUAGAAUUGGUUCAACUCCAGCAGAUAUUGAAAGAGCUAUUAGAGAAGUUGUUCAAUCAAGAGGUGAAGGUUUACUUUUAAAACAUAUUCAAUCGAAAUAUUUUAUUGAUGGUUAUCGCAAUCCAGAUUGGAUUAAAGUUAAACCAGAAUAUUUAGAAGGUCUUGGUGAAAAUCUUGAUUUGGUUGUUAUUGGGAAAACUCCUGGUAUUAAAAACUCGUAUAUGAUGGGAUUACGAAGUGUUGAUGAUAAUGUUUAUUAUAGUUUUUGUACUUGUGGUAAUGGGUUUACAAUUGAUGAAUUUGCAACUAUUGAAAGAUUAACAAAUGGGAAAUGGGUAGAAUUGGCAAAAGAAAAACCUCCUGAUUCAUUGAUUAAAUUUGGUAGAAAAGUUCCUGAUUUUUGGAUUGACCCAAAGGAUUCAAUAGUCUUGGAAAUAAGAGCAAGAUCAAUUGAUGUAAGACCAGAGUUGACAUAUGCAGUAGGAACAACUUUACAUAAUUUAUACUCAAGAAGAAUUAGACUUGAUAAAUCAAUUGAUGAAUGUAUUACAUUACAAGACUAUCAAGAAUUGAAAAAGGAUCAUACCAGAAAUAUUGAAAAGAAUCAAACUGCACUUUCUAAAAAACGUAAUUUUGAUGCUUUAACAUCAUUUAAUAAUCCAAUUGGAUUGAAAAGAGUGAAAAUUGAAUCUGAUUUAUUUUCAAAUUUUGAAUUUUUAAUAAUGAGUGAUAAAAAGGAUUAUGAUGGUUCAAUCACCACUAAAGAUGAUUUAAAAGAAGUUGUUAAAAAAUAUGGUGGAAAUAAUGUUCAUUCUUUAAAUCCUAAUUCUGAUCGUCAAAUCGUUGCUAUAACAGAAAAAGAUUUACCAGUUGGUACAAAUUAUCUUGAACAAGGUAUUGAUUUAAUAAAACCAUCAUGGAUACUUGAAUGUAUUAAAAGAAAUAGAAUUGUUCAAAUUGAACCAUUUUUUGUUUAUGCUACUAAAAAUUGGGAUAUGUAUGAAAAAAGAGUUGAUGAAUUUGGAGAUUCUUAUAUGAUUCAUACUCCACUUAAUGCUAUUAGUACUCCUAAAUUAAAAAAAUAUGAACUUGAUAAGCUUAGAUCUGAAUUUGAAUGGUCUGAUUCAAAUAGACCAUUGUUAUAUCUUUUCAAAGGUAUGGAUUUUUAUGUUUUAGGUGAUUCAUUAUCUUCACAAGUCAUUAAAGAAAGAAUUCAAAGAUUUGGUGGUAACAUUACCGAAGAUUUUAUUAAUUGUGGAUAUAUUGUAGUUUCUAGAAGAGAUGAAAUUAAAGAAAGAGAGAAAACCAACUUCAAAGUCAGGGAAAUAUUAAGAGAAAUUGAUGAUAAUUUAGAAAUUCGAAAUGGAAAAUUUAAAAACGGAUUACCACACACAGUUUUAGAAGGAUUUAUUGAAGAAUCAAUUAAAUUUAAUUGCAUUGUUGACCCACAAGAUUAUAAAUUAGUUUCAAAAAAAUUAUUUACUAUUAACUAA